AUGAAGAAUAUCCAGAUAACCCUCCUUGCCCUUGUUUUCCAGGUCUCCCUCUUCGAGGCCAAGGGUUACAAAAAGAACAUUCCUACUUAUGAAGUCGGGCCUGACGCCAAGAUUGACGGCAAGAGCAUUACGUAUAAGGACCCUGACUGUGACGAGGGCCUGGAUUGCACAGUCACCAGGUCUUGCAGCUCUGCCGGCACAUCUCCCGUUCUGAGCGCGGACAAGAAGUAUUUCGCUUGCUGUCUCCCGGGAACCCGUCUUCUGGGAAGCCCACAGACAGCAUUCGACUGCUGCGCUGAUGGCCAUGACCUGGUGGGCAGCCCUGCAGUCGGUUAUCGAUGUUGCCAAACCGGGUUUGAGUUCGAUGGAACGCAGUGCAAGCAAGUCUGCAAGAACGGCAAAGUGCUCGUCGGCGGCAAAUGUGUCUGCCCCGAGGGCAUGGUUGAAGAUCCCGAUGGAAACUGCAAGGAGAAACCCAAGUGCACAUCUGGCCUGGAGACUGGCAAAUGCUACAUCUUGACGGCUGAAAACGGUAACAGACUUGGCCUCCACAAUGACAACGUCUACUAUGCUGCCCCUGACAGCAUGAUUCAACGAUAUGGCAAAUUCCAGCUUUGUGCCGACGAGAAGUGCACUCCUGGUCAGCCAGUUAAUCCAUCAAACGAGGUCUACAUCCGUGAUACCUAUGGUGACUUGGCCACGGGUGCCAACAAGGGCCAGUGGCUUAACAACGCCGCCAACGGCAACCAUAUUGGCCGUACUCCAGCCUUUGCCAAUGCCGGCCAUUUCUCCAUCAGCAAGUGGCCCUGCGGCAAGCAUUGCUUGGGCGGCUUCACUCAGGGUAUCGGACCUGCCUGCCCUGCCGAUAUUCCUGCCAUGACCUUUUAUUCGCAGGAUCCGCAGAUGUGCGUUGCCUUCCAGUUUACCGAGGUGCCCUGCGAUCUCAAGGCCGAUGUAAACAACUGCAUCUGGAAGAACGGAGACCAGUGCUGCAACAGAGUUGACUGCAGCAAGAAAGGUGAAUAA